AUCAGUUGUGCAUCGACGGCCGCUAUUAAAACGCAAGAAGAUACUGACAGCUGUCAAAAGCAGUUGAUUGCCUAGUUCUCCCUCAGUCGACAGAUAUCUAGCACAGAGAGGACUCCCAAGAACCCAUCCACAUGGCUGAAAUUCUCGUUCGUUGUUUGUCUGUGUUGUUGCUCUGCUUCGGCCUCACCAACGGGAAGCAAGGAUGUCUGUACAAUGGGAUAACCCACACCGUCGGGGAUAGAUUCGACUUCGUAAUAAGCACCCCUGGAUUGGCAGACUAUGAAAUAUCCUUCUUAUGCACCGGGAACGGAUUGGUUACGAUUGGAUGUGGAAUUCCCAACAUGACAGGUCCUGCCCGGGACGCAACGUUGGUGACUUUUAUUCCACCAGGGGUUAAGGAAUACUUCGGAUGUCUAGAAUACAUCUGCACAGAGACUGUGGGUUGGGUGCCCACGGGACAAAUAAGCCCAACUUGUGCUUCAGAGGAACCGGGCGACACUACGACAUCUGGUGGUGACGGUAUGACGACGACUGAUGGCACAACCCCUGGCGAUGAUGCAACCACAACUUAGAUGAAUACCACCGGCGCCACCAGAUGUGUGCUGCUGCUUAACGUUCUAUGGUCAUGCAAUCCAGUUGUCUUUAAAUGAAACUUUUUUUUCUUCUAAUAUAUAUAUAUAUAUAUAUAUAUAUAAUAUAUAUAUAUAUAUAUAUAUAUAUAUAUAUAUAUAAUGUUGCAUCAAAAAAGCGACCUCAUAUCCAUCACAUUCUUUAAAAUCAAGUUUCAAGAAACUCAUCACAUUUGCAUGAGCUGUGGUAAUUGUCAAGUUUGACUGCAAUUGGUAUCUUCACUUUUAUUAUUGGCACAAAGUAUAUUCUACAUAGUGGCCCACUUAAGCACUCCUGUCAGUUUGAAACAAUUGGUGUUUUUCGAUGGGAUUAAAGGAUGAAUCAUUAAAAAUUUUCAAAAUGU